AUACAUACUGCUAGCGUUAAAGUCGAUUUCUGUUCGACAGCAUGAUGAUUGUGUGUCCCGGUGAAGGCCCUUGUCGGUCGGUUUUCCGGAUUAUGCUCAGUGCCUUUCUCAUUGCCGUGCAUGUGGUCUAUGCACAAGAAUGCAACCACGCCGGCGGCUGGUCUCUUCGGUUUCCCAGCUCUUCAUGUCCCCAAGAUGCCCCUUUUGAAUGUGGAAAGGCCGGAGGACUUCAGGUUCGGUGCUGUCCCUCGGGGCUGUCGUGUGCGGGCAACGGCAGCUACGAUGGGAAUUACUGUUGUCCAGACUCCACUGACUGCUCUUCCUCGGCGUAUAAUCACCCCAAGUGCCCUGAUCCGGCUUGGAGUAUAUGGGUAGCGAACGAUACUGUCAACGAUAGGCCGGAUACUGGCGCAUGGUGUUGCAAGCCAGACUACAAAGGCGUAUAUCGAGACAACGGUACUGCCAACUAUUUUUGCACGGCAACAACCAUCUCUACACUCCAGCCUAGCUACUACUGGGCUCACAUCCUCACUACGACGACAUCGUGUUCUUUGACUGCAGCGCCCGCCGGCUUGUCUACAGCGACGUCUCCAGCUUUGUCUUCGGCUACAUCCAACGCAACUUCGGCUGGGACUGCAACAGGCGUAGCAUCCAGCACAGGCACUCAGUCUGUGUCAACGAGCAUAUCAAGUUCAGACAGUCAGGAACCUGUCGGAAUCCCAAUCGGAGUCAAAGUGGGAGCAGCAGUCGGCUGUGUGGCCGGCGCCGCACUGAUCGUCGCAGGAAUCCUCUUCAUUAGAAAGAGGAAGCAAAAGACGAUAGUAAGAGUUACACCGCCUGGAGUCACGGAAGAGGGACGUGGCAAGUCUGCGGCCAAGUACUUUUACAAGGGCACGAGGCGUCCUAGUGAACUGGAAACAAUCGAGCGGACUGUUGAGCUCGAUGGCGUGAAACCGACUUAUGAGCUUGACGCGACGAGGAAAGAAGAUCAAUAUGACGUUGUGUCGCCGAUGAGCAUGCGACCAGGCAAUUAGGAGUCUCCAUGAACAAAUUCAAAGUGACGGAUAGCGAGAUGCAUACAUAGCGUUGAGUCAAGUUGGUUGGCUAUGAUAUUAAUAGGUAUUGUCUACCG